UGGGACAGAUAGGGUCGGACAAGGAGGCAUAAUGGCAUGAUUAUAUCAGUGUAACUACAAAUAAUAAUGAAAACCAUAUCAAGGACGAUUGGGCAUACUAUAAUGAACAAGAAAAACAAAACUUCUAAAACCUCAACAGAAAUCAAGUUCCGUAGAAGACACUGAAAACAUACGGACAAGACUGACAAGUUAUCACGAUAUCAGUGUUGUGAAAGAGACGGAGGAGAAGGAGGUGUGACUAUGGCUCCCUCUCACAUCCCUAUCCCCACUAAACUGCCUCUCCUGGUGGUGUCCAAUGGUGUGCUCUUCCCGGGCUCCACCAUCAGGAUACCAGUCACCACCGUCAGGAACAUUAAUUUGGUGCGUUCACGGCUCACCUCAGACAGCAGGCUGGCCAGCACUGUGAUCGGCAUUGUCACAAAGGAACCCAGCAAGGAUGGUAAGGGCAACACCAUUCAUGAAAUCGGCACAGCUGGUGUGGUGGUGCAGGUCACGGGCACCAGCUGGCCCCGCCCGGUGUACACCCUGCUGGUGACCGGCCUGUGUCGGUUCAAGCUAGAGUCCAUCAUCCAAGAGCACCCCUACCUCAUGGCCACCAUCAAGCAGCUGGAGGACCUUCAGAAUGUGGAUGGUGAAGAUGAUGCACAACUUGCUGAAUUGGUUGCUGAGUUUAAGGAGACAGCACAGAAGCUGAUUGACAUGUUGGACAUAUCGGUGCCUGGUGUGGCUAAGCUGAAGACUGCAGUGGAGCAAGCCCCAAGCCAGCAGUUGGCAGAUGCUGUUGCAGCGUUGAUUGGCGGCUCACUGCUGGAAAGGCUGCAGGUUCUUGAUGCACUUGAUGUCGGGGCUCGGAUCCGCGUCACUCUUCCCCUCCUGCUGCGCCAUAUACAGAGGCUCAAGGAUAUUCAGGAGGACAAGAGUGAAGAGAAAGAGAACAAAAAGAUGCAGGUGGUUCGCUUAUCCCGUGGAGGCAACCUGUCCCCCAUGCUGGACCCUCCUGAUGACGGGGACAAUGAUAUUGCUGACUUGGCAGAGAGGAUCAAGUCUGCCAACAUGCCAGAGGAAGCUGCCAAGACUGCCAACAAGGAGCUGAGCCGUCUGAAGCGUAUGGCUCCCCACAUGCUGGAGUACUCAAUGACUCGUAACUAUCUGGAACUCUUGGUUGACCUCCCAUGGUCCACCUCAGUGAAGGAGACCUGCUACAUCACCAAGGCCAGAGCUGACCUAGAUGCUGACCACUACGGCUUGGAGAAGGUGAAGCGUCGUGUCCUGGAAUAUCUUGCAGUGAGACAACUCCGUGGGGAUCUGAAGGGCCCCAUCCUGUGCUUUGUGGGACCCCCUGGUGUUGGGAAGACUAGCAUUGCCAAGUCCAUCGCUACAACCCUUGGCCGGCCGUACCAUCGAAUGUCCUUGGGUGGCGUGAGUGACCAGCAUGACAUCCGAGGUCACCGCAGGACGUAUGUUGGUGCCAUGCCAGGUCGAGUCAUCCAGGGCCUCAAGAGUGUCAAGGUGAAAAACCCUGUCAUGCUCCUGGAUGAGAUAGACAAGCUGGGCUCAGGCAUCCAUGGAGACCCUGGAGCUGCCCUGCUGGAAGUGCUGGACCCUGAGCAGAACUCCACCUUCACCGACACUUACCUCAACCUACCCUUCGACCUUUCCCAGGUGUUGUUUGUAGCAACAGCUAAUUCCCUCACCACCAUCCCCACCCCACUGCUGGACCGCAUGGAGCUCAUCAAAGUGCCGGGCUACACACAGGAGGAGAAAGUGAUGAUAGGACAUCUUCACCUCCUUCCCAAGCAGCUGCAGGAACAUGGACUGAGCAGUGACAUUCUCACCAUGCCCAAGGAAGCCAUUGCCACCAUAAUUGGAGAGUACACCCGAGAGGCUGGUGUGAGGACCCUGGAACGCAAGAUUGGAGCACUGUGCCGGGCGGUGGCUGUGCAGGUGGCAGAGUCAACCCCAGAUAAAGGUGAACCCAAGACCCCGCAAGACAUGGAAGUGGUAGGAGAACAAGCCAGUGUGAAUGAUGAUGCCAAGGAGGUGGUGAGAGCAGAAGGUCAGGCUAAGGAACAACCAUUGCCACAGCACUGGAGCACCACACAGCUGCGGGAACAUCUGGAGCUCCCCAUUGUGGUGGACCAGAAGAUGAUACAUAAAAUUCUUGGGCCUCCAAUAUUCCAAAGUGGGCUGGCUGGCAGGGUGAGUGUUCCUGGUGUGGCGGUGGGCCUGGCCUGGACACCUGUAGGAGGGGAGGUGAUGGUAGUAGAGGCCUCUCGUUCACCUGGAGACUCGGGCCUCACACUCACAGGCCAGCUAGGCUCUAUCAUGCAAGAGUCAGCCAAGAUUGCCCUCUCGUGGGUCCGGCAGCAUGCUUAUUUGUUGCAGUUAGAGAAAGACUUCAUGAAAGAUGAGGAGAUCCACAUGCACUUCCCAGCUGGUGCCAUCAGCAAGGAUGGUCCCUCUGCCGGGGUCACCAUCCUCACCGUGCUGGUGUCCCUCCUGUCCAGUCGAUGUGUGCGUCCUGAUGUGGCCAUGACGGGGGAGAUCACCUUGAAUGGGGUGGUGUUGCCGGUUGGUGGCAUUAAGGAAAAGCUGUUGGCUGCCCACCGAGCAGGACUUACCACUGUCAUCCUUCCCGCUGCCAACAAGAAGGACUUGAUCGACAUUCCAAACUCCAUCUUGAAUGAGAUAGAAGUGGUGCUGGUGAACACUGCAGGGGAGGUGCUUACAGCAGCCUUUGAAGACGGCUUUCCUGACAUUGUUCCUGAAGAUGAGGCUGUGAUGAAAACCCUACGAAGUAAACUGUAGUGGUCCAUAAGUCCCUGAUAGUCAGCGAGACUGUAAUUUCGUGUGCAAACCUAUGGUGCUCAAUGAUGUGUUUCUAAAGUAGCAUUUAGUUAAGGUGAUAUAGCUGUGAUAGGAUAGGAGUAUAUAUAUCCAUUAGAGGCAACAUAGUCAGGAAUAGUGUUGUGUGUCUUUGUGCGGGAGAAGUUUGGGAAUGGCUUCUGGUUUGUUACCUUUCACUUUGAAAUUUGAGUGAAAGAGAUUUGAGUUUUUUCAAAUAGAUGAAAAAGAUUUUAAGGUAAAAAGAAAGUUAGUAGAUGGAAGUGUAAGAAACAGUAGGUGGAUCAAAGAUUGAAAAGAGGUAAGUAGGAGUAGGAUGGAGUGCCUAUGUAAAUAGAAAUUAGAUAUAAGCUAGUAUGAAAUAACUCUACUUGCAUGUAGAAUCUAAUGUGUGAGGGAGAGAAUGAGUGAUUAAUGAGAAUGAAACAAGGAAUACAAAAGCUAUUGAGAGAUUUUAUUAAUGUAACAGAGUACUUUUAUUAAGAAGGAACAUAAUGAAGGGAAGAAAGCAAAGGCAGGAAGAUUGUUAUCUCUCUCCAGAGGCCAUAUGUUUCAUCAGGUUACUUAUGAGCUUCUCCAAUUUUUUGAGUUCCUGUUGGCUGUCUGUCUUGUACUGCAGGCACUGCAAUGAACAAAGAAUAAUAUGAUAAGUUUGUAACCUAUGACAUUUAUAAUGAGGUUACAAAGCAAUAUUAAAAAACUUAUGGCAGUUUCUGGAAUUCAUAGCAUCAUAUAUAAAAUUCCAGAAAUCAGGUAUGCAUUACUACUACAUUUAAUCUAGUGUGUGAAUUGACUUAACCCCUUCAGUACCAUGAUGCCUUUUCACAUCCAUUCUGGUUACUAUUUGGUGAUUUUAUACAGAUUCAGAAACUUAUGUGGGCAAUUUAAAUAGUGAAGACUGUUGCCAUUAAUCUUCUGACCUCCAUAAAUCCCUUCUAAUGUCAAUAAAAUGGCCAAAUUGUACACAAAUAGGUAAAAAUGUCUCCCAGUAUUGAAGGAGUUAAUGCUGUUACAGAAAGAGCUGAGAGUGAAACAAAUCUAUCAAAACCUCACCAUUACAAAUUACAAUCCAGAUUCAUCAGAAUUUUGAUAAAUUUACCAACAUUAAAUUCAAAUUCCAAGUCCUGAAGUUAAAAAGGCACAUCCACUAAUGCUAUCUUAUUAUGCUCUCAUUAAGGCAUCUGACUGUCUAAAGCUGCACUGAAUAUUCAGACAGUAUGAAUAUGUAUUUCAUAAGUUGUACGUCUCGGUAAAUUCACAGUAUGUAUUACGCAUUCCAGGAAUUGGUUACUCCAUAUUUAUCCACUUGUGUAGGUCACACCUCAAGAUUAUUAAGAUACUCUAAAGCUUGUCAGUAUGUAUUCAUCAGUUAAUGUACAUAUAAAGAGAAUCUUUAUGUAACAGCUGUUUAUCUUGUUUUACAGAAAAAAUACAAUAUAUAUUAUGAGCAGGGAUACUGCUAGAGGCAGUAAAAAAUAUACUAUAUGCAUCUAUUUAGAGAUUGUCUAACAGUGGGAUGAAAUUGAGUGUGGCAAGUGACAAGAUAUAACAAUUGCUGUGCCAGAAAACUGUAUUAUGUCAGAGAAACCCAAUAUGAACAUAUUCCACCUUACUAUAAGUGACAUUUUUCAUUUAUUUCAUUUUUUGUUUUGUCAAAAUCAUGCAGUAAAAUUUAAAUGUAUUCAAUGUUACUGUCUUGGUAUGAAACUAAUCAACUAAUUCACUGCCAGUCUCACUCUUUUCCGUCCUAGCCCAGGCAGGCAAGGUGUCACUUAGGCUAUUAUUUUAUUUGUCAUUAAUUAUUGGUAAAUUAUCUAUUUGUCAGUACAAGUCAUCUCAGUACAGAAUACUGUAAUACCCCUAACUUGUAGAAGUAAUGACUGAAUAAUUCACAAUUUCAUCACACAUUAUCAUUUCUGUAAGCUUUGAGACAAUUUGUAUUGAUGGAGAGGUGAUUUACCAACAAACAUUACAGUGUCAAUGUUAGCAUGGCUGUAAUUCAUGACAAAUAAAAUAUACUAUGUAACAUCUUGCCAGCCUUGGUGGGGAGGAAAGGGGGGUGAGUGAGGCUAGCAGCAAAUCAGCCAAUUACAAGUUCAUGCCAAGACAAUGAUUAUGUUUAUAUAGAUUUUACUGCAUGAUUUGACAGAAGAGACUAGAGAUGUACCAAUGCAUCAGUAUUGGCCUAUUUUCUGCUGAUACAAAAAAAAAAAAAAAAAAAUGUGUAUCUUGCUCAGUAAGUUAUUCUGUUCAACAUAAUUUGGAUGUUUUAUAGCAAAAAAAAAAAUUCAUUGAGAAUGCCAAAUUAUUUAGUAUAAAAGUGUAUUGAGUCCUUGGUGUGUAUUAAUAAAAUAUAUUCUUCGGUAA